AGCAAGGAGAACACUGUGUGCUGCAGCAGGAAGCCCGAGGAGGAACAUGGCACUGCUCUGGGGGUUCCUGGUACUCAGCUUGUCCUGUCUGCAAGGUCCCUGCUCCAUGUUCUCCCCUGUGAGCGCUACGGAUCUCCCAAGCCAGCAGCCAAUGAGUGAACAGGCCCAGCAGAAGCUGCCCCCACUUGCCCUCCUCAAGUUGAGCAACCAGGAUCUUGGUGGCCAUGCUAUCCCGGAGAGGUCCCCAGGAGACUGCAAGGGUACCCCAACUGCAGAGGAGACCCGCAGAUUGGCUCAGGCCAUGAUGGCUUUUACUGCUGACCUGUUUUCCUUGGUGGCCCAAACAUCCACUAGCUCCAACCUUGUCCUGUCACCACUGAGUGUGGCCCUGGCACUCUCUCACCUGGCACUAGGUGCUCGGAACCAAACGCUGCAGAGCUUGGAACAAGUCUUACACAUGAACACAAGCUCCUGCCUUCCCCACCUUCUGAGCCAUCUCUGCCAGAACCUAGGCCCUGGGACAAUUCGACUGGCUGCCAGAAUAUAUCUGCAGAAGGGAUUUCCCAUCAAAGAGGAUUUCCUGCAGCAAUCGGAACGGCUCUUUGGUGCAAAGCCCGUGAAACUGACCGGAAAGCAGGAGGAAGACCUGGCGAACAUCAACCAAUGGGUGAAGGAGGCCACGGAGGGGAAGAUUGAGGAUUUCCUCUCUGAGCUGCCAGAUAACACCGUGUUGCUUCUCCUCAAUGCCAUCCACUUUCAUGGUUUCUGGAGGACCAAGUUUGACCAGAGCCUCACCCAGAAAGACCCCUUCCACCUGGACGAGAGGUUCACGGUGCCUGUGGACAUGAUGCAAGCACAGUCGUACCCUCUGCGCUGGUUCCUGCUGGAGCAACCUGAGACACAGGUGGCUCAUUUCCCCUUUAAGAACAACAUGAGCUUUGUGGUCAUGAUGCCCACUCAUUUUGACUGGAACGUGUCUCAGGUACUAGCCAACCUGAGCUUGGACACCCUGUACCACCCCUCACUGCGGGAGAAGCCCACCAAGGUGUGGCUGCCGAAACUCCAUUUGAAGCAGCAGCUGGAUCUGGUGGCCACCCUCAGUCAGCUGGGCCUGCAGGAACUGUUCCAGGGCCCAGACCUGCGUGGGAUCUCUAACCGGAGUCUGGUAGUGUCUAGCGUGCAGCAUCAAUCUACCGUGGAACUCAGUGAGGUUGGUGUGGAGGCAGCCGCAGCCACCAGCACAACCAUGAACCGGAUGUCCAUCUCCUCCUUUGCUGUGAACCGACCUUUCCUCUUCUUCAUCAUGGAGGAAACCUUAGGCAUACCCCUCUUUGUGGGCAGCGUGAGGAACCCCAACCCUAGUGCACAGCCCCAGCUCCAGGAACAGCAAGAUUCCCCCGACAACAGAGUCUUCCAGAACGAAAAAGCUGACUUCCACCGAGACAAGACCUUUGGUCCUGAUUUGAAACUUGCACCCAUCCUGGAGGAGGAUUAUCCUCAGUUUAGCAACCCCAAGUGAGGAGCAGCCCUGGGCAGCAGCAUCCUGAGUCCCCACCCGGAUCAGCCUCUCAACUCCUGUGACUCUUACCAACCAGCUUUGUGGGAUAGGGUGGGACCUGGGGAGGCCAUCUCCAGGGAGAGGAGCCCUUCUCUUGCAAUAGCUCCUGGGGGUCGGAGGUGGGGUGGGGCCUGGAGGAAGGCAGGCAAAAGGAAUCUUCAUUUCUUCUGAAGGAGCUCAGAGGGGGACCCUUUUGUGGGCUGGGCACUCAUGGAUACAGUUUUAACUAGAGGUGGGUUAGGCCAGUCUCUCACUUAGUUGGGGUCCCUUCAUAUUUGUAAGCAGAAGCCUACAUGUCCCCAAACACCCGGAGCACAGACACCUGCCUUGGUGCUGCCCUCCAUGGGUGGAGGCUGACCUACCCUGACUCUGAUAUGCUUUGCUGACGACAUCCAAGCCCCCACCCAUGUGCCACCAGCUGAGCCACCCCUCUGGUUUUUAGAGAUGCCAACACUGCCAGGAGUCUCCUUCUUCCUCUCUCUUGUCCUCCUCUGGCGGGAAGCUCAGGGGCUGAGGCGGGGAAGGGCCUCU